AAGCUGGGCGGGACUUCCGGGGCGGUGGUUGCAUCAGAUUCUGGGAAGCCGGCGCCGCGGCUGCUGGUUUGUAAUUCCUACGAUGUCAGGUUCCUCUGGGGAGCAGGCUCCCGCCUACAGGUCCAUCCUGAGCAUUAGUGACGAGGCAGCCAGGGUGCGGGCCCUGAACGAGCACCUCAGCACGCGUAGCUAUGUCCAGGGGUACUCACUGUCCCAGGCAGACGUGGACGUGUUCAGGCAGCUCUCGGCCCCUCCCGCCGACACGCGCCUCUUCCACGUGGCUCGGUGGUUCAGGCACAUGGAAGCGAUCCUGGGUGGCGCCGGCGGCAGAGGCGAGCCCUGUGGGCGCCAAGCAAGUAAAGGUCGGCGGGGGCAGCCUCAGUGGUCUCCUCCGGCCGGGUCUCCGCCGUGCAAGCUCCGCCUUUACAACAGCCUCACCCGGAACAAGGACGUGUUUAUACCUCAAAACGGGAAGAAGGUGACGUGGUACUGCUGUGGGCCUACCGUCUACGACGCGUCUCACAUGGGGCACGCCAGGUCCUACAUUUCCUUCGACAUCCUGAGGAGAGUGCUGCAGGACUACUUCGGGUUCGACGUGUUCUACUGCAUGAACAUCACGGACAUCGACGACAAGAUCAUCAAGAGGGCCCGGCAGAACUACCUGUUUGAGCAGUACCGGGGGAAGCAGCCGCGGGCGGCCCAGCUCCUGGAGGAUGUUCAUGCCGCCCUGAAGCCGUUUUCGGCCAAGUUAAACGAGACCACGGACCCGGACAGAAAGCAAAUGCUGGAGCGCACUCAGCGCGCGGUGGAGCUGGCCGCAGAGCCCCUGGAGAGAGCCGUGCGGGGCGGCCUCCCGGCAGAGGAGGCCGCCCGCUGCGCAGAGGUGUUGUUGGAAGAAGCAAAAGAUUUGCUCUCUGACUGGCUGGACUGCACACUGGGCAGCGAAGUCACGGACAAUUCUAUUUUCUCCAAACUGCCCAAGUUCUGGGAAGAAGAAUUCCACAGAGACAUGGAGACCCUGAACGUUCUCCCUCCGGACGUCCUGACCCGGGUGAGUGAAUAUGUGCCGGAGAUCGUGAACUUUGUCCAGAGGAUCGUGGACAACGGCUACGGCUACGUUUCCAAUGGGUCCGUCUACUUUGACACCGUGAAGUUUGCUUCCAGCGAGAGACACUCCUACGGGAAGCUCGUGCCCGAGGCUGUUGGGGACCAGAAAGCCCUGCAGGAAGGGGAAGGUGACCUGAGCGUCUCGGCAGACCGCCUGAGUGAGAAGCGGUCCCCCAAUGACUUCGCUCUGUGGAAAGCCUCCAAGCCCGGCGAGCCGUCCUGGCCGUGCCCGUGGGGAAAGGGGCGUCCGGGAUGGCACAUCGAGUGCUCGGCCAUGGCAAGCGCUCUCCUGGGAGCCUCGAUGGACAUUCACGGAGGGGGCUUCGACCUCCGGUUCCCCCACCACGACAACGAGCUGGCCCAGUCAGAGGCCUACUUCGACAACGACUGCUGGGUCCGCUAUUUCCUCCACACGGGCCACCUGACCAUCGCGGGCUGCAAGAUGUCCAAAUCGCUCAAGAACUUCAUCACCAUCAAAGACGCCUUGCAGAAGCACUCAGGUAAGAACUUGGCCUCUCCCAGAGACCCGAGCGCCCCUCUUGUUGGAUGCGCGAUGGCGGUGGCUGCUCGGGAGGCUGGGGGGACCGCUGUGCCGUCUCCUCCCCCAGCGCGGCAGCUGCGGCUGGCCUUCCUCAUGCACUCGUGGAAGGACACGCUGGACUACUCGAGCAACACCAUGGAGUCCGCGCUUCAGUACGAGAAGUUCAUGAACGAGUUUUUCUUAAAUGUGAAAGACAUCCUCCGAGCUCCUGUUGACAUAACCGGUCGGUUUGAAAAGUGGGAAGACGAAGAGUCGGAGCUGAACAAGAGCUUUUACGACAAGAAGACGGCGGUGCACGAGGCCCUCUGUGAUAACGUCGACACGCGCACGGUCCUGGAAGAGAUGCGGGCUCUGGUCGGCCAGUGCAACCUCUACAUGGCGGCCCGGAAGGCCGCGAGGAGGAGGCCCAACCGGGCUCUGCUGGAGAGCAUCGCUCGGUACCUCACCCACAUGCUCAAGGUCUUUGGGGCCAUAGAAGAGGAGAGCUCCCUGGGAUUCCCGCUCAGAGGACCUGGGAGCAGCCUAAAUCUCGAGUCCACGGUCAUGCCCUACCUGCAGGUGUUGUCGGAGUUCCGAGAAGGCGUGCGGAAGAUCGCCCGAGAGCAGAAGGUCCCUGAGGUCCUGAAGCUCAGCGAUGCCCUGCGGGACGACAUCCUGCCCGAGCUCGGGGUGCGGCUCGAAGAUCACGAAGGGCUGCCGACCGUGGUCAAGCUGGGGGACAGAGAGACCUUGCUGAAGGAGAGAGAGGAGAAGAGACGGGUCGAAGAAGAGAAGAGGAAGAAGAAAGAGGGGGCCGCCCGGAAAAAACAGGAACAAGAGGCGGCGAAACUGGCCAAGAUGAAGAUCUCACCCAGUGAGAUGUUCUUGUCAGAGACUGACAAAUACUCCAAGUUUGAUGAAAACGGUCUGCCCACACAUGACAGCGAGGGCAAAGAGCUGAGCAAAGGGCAAGCCAAGAAGCUGAAGAAGCUUCUGGAAGCUCAGGAGAGGCUCCACAAGGAGUACCUGCAGAUGGUUCAAAACGGAAGCUUCAAAUGAAACAGCGGGGGACUCGGUUUUGACACCAAGCCGUCGGCGGCCUGACGGCUUUCUCUCUGCGUCCUUAGUGACACUGCCCCACGCUCGACGAUGUUGACAGUGGCCCUCGGGUCCCAAAGUGAGAAUUGUGUCCACCUGCCGUCGUCGGCUCUGAGACUCCGUAAUAAACUUUUCCAGGCA